AUGUUGAAAUCUCGAUUAUUACCCCGUCCUCCUGUCUUAUCUGAUCCAAGAUUGUUGAAAACAGGAUCCAAGGCCAUUAUAUUGAUAUGUUUGGGUCUUUGUGCGAGUACAGCAGGAUUUUCUAGUACAAUUUAUUUUCCAGGAUUGCCUUAUAUUACUGCUGAUUUACAUGCACCUGCUAUUGCAACAACAUUGACAGCAGCUUUGUUUGUUUUAGCGAUGGGUAUUGCUCCUGUUUUUUGGGCAUCACUUUCUGAUUUUUAUCGAGUUCGUCGUAUUUUGCUCAUGGCUUCUAUGCUUAUUUUUGCAGCAGCAUCUCUUGGAUCAGCCUUCAUCAACAAUAUCUGGGGUCUUGUUGUACUCCGUUGUGUUCAAUCUCUUGGUGCUUCUUGUGGACAAUCUGUUGGUGCAGGCAUUAUUGCUGUAAGUGAUUGUUACGCUAUCGAACAAAGAGGUGCAGCUUUUGGUAAGUUCUUUUUUGGUGUCUUUUUUGGCCCAUUGUUAGGUCCUAUCAUUGGUGGUUUCCUGAUUAUGAGUGCUCUUUCGUGGCGUGCUACAUUUUGGUUCUGUUUCGCUUUUGCAUUGUUUAUCUUCACCUGUCUUUUCUUAUUCUUCCCCGAAACUUACCGUGAUAAUCAGAAAUACGAUAUGGUAUUACCUACCAGCACAUCUUCAAUCAGCGAUACUCUUGAUGAGCAACCUCAAAUUGAUGAAAACGGAAAAGAUGGGACGGUUACACAGAACGAGGAAAAGACUUUUGUCGCCCCUGUUAGAAAACCAGUGAACCCAUUUGGUGCUUUCAUUUUGUUAAAACAUCCAUUUAUCCUUUUAUCAGCUGUCAUUUCGGGUAUCGCAUUUGGCUGUAUGUUCGCUGUUGAAACUAUCAUUCCCGACUUAUAUGAAUCCCAUUAUGGAUUUAACUCAUGGCAAACAGGUUUGAGUUAUCUUGGUGCUGGCGUCGGUAACCUUUUCGGUUCUUUUGUUGGUGGUAUGCUCUCAGAUCGUCUCUUAAUGCGAUCCCGUAGACUUCGUGGCGGUAGAGCGGUUGUUGAAGAUCGUUUGACAGCUAAUCUCUGGCCUUGUUGUUUCAUUGUCAUCCCUUUUGGUAUUUUGCUUUUCGGUUGGUCAAUUGAACGUGGACUUACUGUCUGGGCUCCUAUCGUUGCAUUUGGUAUUCAAACAUUUGGUAUGAAUCAAGUAAUGACAUCUACGUCUGCUUAUCUUGUUGAUGCUAUCCCUGGUCAAGGAGCUUCUGCCACUGCCGCUGCUAACUUGGUUCGUAUGAUCUUGGCUUGUGCUUUGACCCUUGCUGCCAAUCCUAUGGUUGCAGCUAUUGGACCUGGAUACACCUGUGUCUUUUUGGCCGCAUUGAGUGUGAUUGCCUGUAUCUUAUUAGUCAUCCUUAAGCUCAAGGGUGAAGCAUUAAGAAUCAAAAGUGGUUACUAA